AAGUCUACGGGAAUCCCUGAGCCGAAGCCUGUGGAAAUGAUGAAGCUAGAGACCUCAUUUGCAGACCACUUCGUGAUCUGGUUCGCUUUUGCCAUGGCUCCAGAGGCGGAUGGCGCCGCCGAUUCCGGCUUGGGGACCAUACCGGUACCAUCCCCCGAGAUGGCUGACACACCCUUCUUGGAUGGGCCCAGAAAAGGGAAGAAGGACCGGCUGUUCGGGAACAAGAUGCGGGACGAGUGUUGGGCGCAAGCAGACGUGGUUACGGGUCGACACCCCGAACGGUGGCGGAAAGACGUAGCGGGGAACGUCGUGUGUCGCAAGCUGCUGGCCUGCAUGGGGUGCAUGUGCUAUGAGUACGAUCACAUCGUCCCCUUUUCCAAAGGUGGUCGAACGGAGGUUACGAACUGCCAGAUUCUUCAGACACGAGCCAACCGGCAGAAGAGCAACACAGAAGAUUUGGGCGUGCACGACAUCAAGCAGUUCUCGUGCAGCCUUCCGUUCUCAGACCGGGAGCUAGACUUGGUGGAGAUGGCGGUGUACGGCGACGUCGUCCGGCCGGGGCUGCAGUGCCGCAUCCGGAGUUUCAGCGAGCACGCAGGGCUGACGCCACGGAGGAAAGAGAACGUGCCCGCGUGCGAACUGCCGCACGGCGCGCGGACAGAGGCGACGGUAGAGAGGUGAAAGCGGGUCAACGAAACGGUCAGCUUAAGAACCUGGUUCGCGGGACGCCAGGUUAAGGGAACCUGCAGAUUGACACACGGUGUUGGCGAAAGGCGACGGCGGAGAGGUCGACACAGGUCAAGUGGUGGAACCAUGUUGAGAGGCGGUGAAACCAAUCCACAAGUGACAGCAGGUUGAGGUGAAUUGCUCGCGCGCAAAUCAGUUGUGUAGCACGGGUAGAGGGCGACAGUUGAGAGGGGUGGGUCUCAGUUUGGAAGCGUUGACUGCUUGAGAGGAGAGGCCAGAUUGAGAGGCGCGAGUUGCGCUUUCGAGCAGACGAAAGAAUUGACGGUCGAACCGUAUGGGGUUUGUCAGGUUUGACAGUCCAUAAUUGCGUCACUCACAGAAUUCCAAAAAAACCAGAGAGGAAGCUUUGACGAAGGUUGUACUUACUGAAACGAUGGACGAGGGAACUGCGAAGAGGGGGUUAGGCAUUAAAGAGUUCUCAAUUUCGCGAGCGCUGAAAAGCGUCUGCCGAGCUCGGAUCAACGCUACCUAGCUUGUGCUAACCAGGUUGCGGCCAAAGUUCAAAGUUGAGGCAGGCAUGAGUAGUUCUCGAUUGGCGCCUAGAGAUCAGUCCUGCUUUGGACAUGCCCAACCCCUCUAUUACGGCCGAAUUCGGUUGACCUGGACUGAACAAUCCGAUUAUUGUAUUACAGCGAUGUAUCGACUCA